CUGCCCCACUUGCCGGAAGCCAGUUGCGGAUGACUAAUGCCUGUCCUUGGUCCCGCGAGAUGCAACUGUGUCCUCGCGAUACUAGUUACCCCGAAAUGGCCGCCACGAGUCAAGGAAACUUUGAUGGAAAAUUUGAGGCACUGGAUCUUGCAGAAUUUACUAAAAAGCAACCAUGGUGGCGUAAGCUGUUUGGGCAGGAAUCUGGGCCAUCAGUUGAAAAGUAUAGUGUAGCAACCCAGCUGUUAAUUGGAGGUGUUACUGGAUGGUGCACUGGUUUCGUAUUCCAGAAAGUUGGAAAAUUGGCUGCAACAGCUGUAGGAGGUGGAUUCUUUCUACUUCAGCUGGCAAACCAUACUGGGUAUAUCAAAGUUGACUGGCAACGAGUAGAGAAAGACAUGAAAAAAGCCAAAGAGCAGUUGAAAAUUCGUAAGAAUAACCAAAUACCAACUGAGGUCAAGAGCAAAGCUGAGGAGGUUGUGUCAUUUAUAAAGAAGAAUGUUCUAGUAACUGGAGGAUUUUUUGGAGGCUUUUUGCUUGGCAUGGCAUCAUAAGAAAUACAACUUCACCACAUUGUUUUUUAUUUCUUCUUUUUUCUUGCCAGCACCUUUUGCACUUAAACGUAGGACAAUCAGCACUCCUCUUGCUCCUCUUGUCCUGUACCUUUCUCCCUGUUGUGGCAAAUCUGAAUGGCUUCCAUAGGCUUCUCCUGGUACAAAGUUAAUACAGGCCUUCUCAUAAGUGUGACAUGUUGGAAAAGACAAUAGAUGUUGACUCUCCCAGUAUAUGCCUCAUGACUUGAUCAAUGAGUAGCUUAGUAAAAAUGUUUCCUUUUGAGAAAAAGACAAGAUAUCCUGGGUAAAUUAGGAGCAUGGGGGUCAUGGCAGAGGGUAAAAGGGAAAGAGGGGAGGUAUGGAGGAGAGUAUAGAAAAUGUAUAAUGCAGUAAAAACAAUUUUAAAAAGUGAAAAAGAAAAGAAAAAAUAUUCCCUUUCUGCUAUGUAAGAUCCUUUUCUAAACUUGGUUUGGAAAAGCAGCAUAUACUUACCUUAGUAUAUACAUGGAAAGGAAUGAAUGCAGUUGCCUUUAAGCAUGAAAGAUCUUGGUAUCUUGGUGUGUGCUUCCUUUUUUAGUUGACUUUAGAUUAUAGAAAGAGAGGUACUUAUACAUGCUAUAAUUAUCCUGCCAAGGGGCUGGAGAGAUGACUCAGAGGUUAAGAGCACUGGCUGCUCUUCCAGAGGUCCUGAGUUCAAUUCCCAGCAACCACAUGGUGGCUCACAACCAUCUAUGAGGAGAUCUGGUGCCCUCUUCUGGUGUGCAGGCAUACAUGCAGGCAGAAUGUUGUAUACAUAAUAAAUAAAUUAAUUAAAAAAAUUAUCCUGCCAAUAUGAUAGUAUAAGUACUAUGACUAAAAAGAUUGACUAUGAAAUGAACUUCUGCUAAAGAUGUAUGAAGUGAUGUAGGUAUUGGACUUGGUAGGUGGGUCUUUAUGGAAACCAACUGCUAGAAAUUCAUUGUUGGAUGGUCAGAUGAGUCAUUUGUAGGUUUUAAGAUCCAGUCCAGAAAUGUUUUCCACCAUUACCACAUACUGCAUCUUAUGGCUGUUUUCAAGUAAUUUAUGUGGGAGAAGGAAGAAACUGUUAGAUGUGUAUUUCAUAGAAAAUUUUCUGUGGUUUGAAAUUUUGUUAAAGUAUUAGGGGUAGCAGUAUUCUUCUAUGGACGUACUGUUUCAUUAUCCAGUUAGUAUGAAAUAUAUAAGCCAGAAUUUUAAAGAGAUGUUCCACACAUUCAGAAUUUAGAAAGACAAUGAUAUCAUAUGUGAAAUAAAUUGUUUCCAUCAAAUGCAAUCUCUAUCAGAAUUAUUCUUUAUAAUAAAAGUCUGUGUGCACUUCAGAUUUUGCUAUAAUGGCUGUUACCACGUUCUCAAUUCCAACUAGGAAAUCAUCUUCCAAAAGCUGUCUUCCAUCUUCUUCAUUGCACCCACUGAUAUGGGAAGGUCAUUUGUCAAUCUGUUGUUUCAUUGGUUAAUCAAUAAAGAAACUGCCUUGGCCCUUUAAUAGGACAGAAAAUUAGGUAGGUGGAGUAAACAGAACAGAAUGCUGGGAGAAAGAAGCCGAGUGAGACAGUCGCCAUGAUUCUCCCACCCGACACAGAUGCAGGUUAAGAUCUUCCCUGGUAAGCCACCUCGUGGUGCUACACACAUUAUUAGAAAUGGGUUAAAGCAAGAUGUGAGAGUUAGCCAGUAAGAGGCUAAAACUAAUGGGCCAAGCAGUGUGUAAAAGAAUACAUUUUCCAUGUAAUUAUUUCGGGGCAUAAGCUAGCCAGGCAGCUGGGAGCUGGGGCGGCAAGAACACAGACCGCCACUCCUUACAACAACCCACAGGACUUACUACUUAAUAAAUUUCAAAUAUUUAUUGAAUAUAUUUAUUUGUGUAAAGAAAACUCUCCCCUGUUAAAGUUUCAGUUUAAUGCAAGUGAAUUCUUAGAUAUGUAGAUGAACCCAUGUGUAAUAGUGUGCUUUUAAGGUCAUACAAUAAAGAUAAUUACCUUUUGACAUACCUUGACAAUGAUGUAUUGAAUUGUAAGAUUGAAAUUACCAGUGGAUGUGUAAAACUGUUUAGGAUUCACCUAUUUGUAUUUCCUUAUUACAUUUUGAUAUUACUUAAGCCAAUAUAAGUUAUUCUAUUUGUAAUAUGUAUUAAUCAUCCUUUUACAUGGUGGUAUAACUCUCCUUGGUACAUAUUUUUCUAAAAGAAUUUAAAAAUGAUUUUUCACUAUUUAUUGUGGAAACAAGAGAGUAUAGUACUGUGAUUUCCCAAAGUAUCAAUUGUUUGCCUAUAGCAAUCAUGAAAUUAUAUUUGUUUUGUCAAUUAUUGUAAGAUACCAGAGUCAUUUUAUUGUUUCCAAUAUGUCUUUAACACUAAAGCUAGGUAUACUUUUUAAAAUAUCAUAAGUAUAAUACCUCAUUAUUUUAGAAAAUUUUAAUAACAAUCUUUUAGUAUCAAACACAUACAUUGUUUUAGGUAAUUUUUUGUGUGUAUAGUAUAUUUAUUGAUAACUGUGAGUCAUCAUCUGUUUUACCUGUAUCCUUCUUUGAGUUAUGUAUGCCAUUUAUGAUGAUUCUGACUGUAGCUGUCACUUUCCCCAUGUCUUACCCACAUCAAUGGUAUGGUGACAGCAAAAGCUAUUGCAAUGCCCCUUUGGGUAUGUGAUGGGGAGUGGUCAUCUACUUCUCUGGUGAACUGGUAGCUGACUUCUGGUCCAUCUGCUUUCUUUGUGAUUAUUGGUGAGUAUAA